GCCAACGAAUUUCCUACUCGGCAUCUUCGCAUCUUGCAACCGAUUCCUCUCUCUCUACGUUGCGCCAUUAUAAAUUCUCUUUCGUUAACAUCUAAGCUUCCUCUCCUCGUGGGAGUCUCCAGCAUCGGAAUUCAUCCACGCGAACCUCCCUUCUUCGUAAUUUGGUGGAAUCCGUCCGCUAAUUUUUGCAUUUUCGUCACUGCUGCUGGAGGGAACGAGGUUUGCUUCUGGACCUCCAGUAUUCAGUUCGGCUUCUUCCAAUUUUGGGGGAUGGAUGCGUAUGAUGAAACGACCGAUAAAUUAAAAACGUCUCCUGAAACAAUGGAGCACCAUAAGAAGUAUUCUUCUAAGGAGGGAAAGGGAAAAAGAUUGUGGAAGAAGGUCAAGUACCAGUUGGUUGAGUACCAUGCGUUACCAGCCUACUUGAGGGAUAACGAAUUCAUUCUGGGUCAUUACCGAGCUGAUUGGCCAAUUAAGCAGACACUUCUCAGCGUCUUUUCCAUACACAACGAGACUCUUAAUGUUUGGACGCAUUUAAUUGGAUUUUUCCUCUUUCUCUCCCUGACCAUAUACACUGCGACAAAGGUUCCUAAGGUUGCCGACAUUCAUCCUCUUCAACAUUUGCCUGAUGUGCUGAAAAAAGCUGAUUUGCACAAAUUGCAAGCAGAACUCUUGGCGUGCCUUCCUUCCUUGCCUCACUUCCCCGAUCUGCAGAAAUUCAGGGAGGAAUUGAAGACUGCAUUGCCUUCAAUGGAUAUGUUUUCGUCACUGUCUGGUUGGCAUGUUGUGGAACUUUUAUAUAAUUGCUUACCUGAGCGAUUCUCCCAUGGAAAUCAAACUGAUGACUGUGUUCUGAGAAAUGUGAAGGAGGAAGUUGCCAACAUGAUAGCACCCUUAGUUAUGAGACCAAUCACCCGGUGGCCUUUCUUUGCAUUCUUGGGUGGGGCCAUGUUUUGCCUGCUUGCUAGCAGCACUUGCCACCUCCUCUCCUGCCACUCUGAGCGUCUCUCAUACAUAAUGCUCAGGCUGGACUAUGCUGGAAUUGCAGCACUUAUAUCUACCUCCUUCUACCCCCCUGUUUACUACUCCUUCAUGUGCUACCCCUUCUUUUGCAAUCUCUAUAUGGGAUUCAUUACUCUCCUGGGAAUUGCAACUAUCUUGGUGUCCCUGCUACCAAUGUUUCAAUCCCCUGAAUAUCGCACUUUUCGCGCAUCCCUCUUCCUCGGCAUGGGCUUGUGUGGGAUCGCCCCUAUUCUGCACAAGCUUAUCCUGUUCUGGGGCUCGCCCGAGGCACUCCACACAACAGGGUAUGAGAUACUGAUGGGGAUUUUGUAUGGGCUUGGAGCACUGGUUUAUGCAGCAAGGAUCCCUGAGCGAUGGAUGCCUGGAAAAUUUGACAUUGCCGGACACAGCCACCAAUUAUUUCACAUCUUAGUAGUCGCCGGGGCGUAUACUCAUUACCAAGCAGGACUGGUAUACCUCAAGUGGCGCGACCUGCAAGGUUGUUAGAUGAGAAUAUCAACAAAGAUUUAGUCUGUUGGAAUGUAGUUGAAUAUAAACGAUGUGUAUCUAUGUAAUUAUGCAGGAGGACUAAAAAGGUCACUCCUAACACUGCACUGGACCAGCUUGAGAUAUCAAAACUCUCAUGCUCCUGUGCUUAUCAUUUCCAAAAGUAUGGUUCAAUGAUCGGUUUUAUAUUUGCAGUGCAGUACAGGUUCACCUAUAAAUUCGAAUGAAUAAAAUUUUAAGUUUUUAAAGUUGUAACCA